AUGGUUUCCCUUCCCGACAUCAUCCAUCUUGGCACCAUUGUCAUCCUCCUCCUCCUCCUCUCAGCCGUACAAUCGACCGUCCUCCUCCCGAAACCAAGCGGCCCCUACAACACACGCAUCACCACCGCAGAAUUAGUCGACAAAACCCGCCUCGACCCCUUCGCUCCAAACCGCACCCAGCGAGCCAUCAUGGUCACCGUCUUCUACCCCAUCAAAACCCCUCCGAAUAGGACCCACUCCGCACCGUGA